AUUUUUUUAACCGUCUCAUCUUUUCGGCGAGCCAACAAAACUCACAAAAAAGAGGGAUCUCUCGACAUAACUCUAUAGAAUGAGAGGUGUUACAGCAACUUAUUCGGAGCGCGCGGCGGGGGGGAUCGAGGUGUUAUUCUGUUACGGGAUUUCAACAUGGGAAAUAUCACGGGCGGUGGCAGGCACAGGCAGGCAUGCGAUUGUGUUAUUGGGAUGCGGACAAUCUCCAGCGUUGGUACUCGGGAUUUAUUACCUUUUCCUCUCCUCGAUGGGAGAAAGGCGGAGUUGAUCGUUGUGGGCUUGUUUUUUUCGUUGGUUUUUUUUCUUUCGUUUUUACCUCGCCCGGAUCGUCUGGCUGGUGGACUGUCUCUUGGACUAUCCAGUGUUGCACAACAUUGAUGGUUGCUCGGAGAUGGGCUCAUUUGGCUUUCGACUUUUGCUUCUCUGUAUCACUUGGCGGUGGGAUUUCCCGAGACGACACCGGGGAGCGUGGUUGGUCUUAUAGACUGACCAUUUUUCGGUGCUCAUCUCGGGGGUCUUUACACCCUAUUUUGCCACUUACGACCUUCAUAGUCUUCCUGGUUUUUGGCUUUGUCUCGUCGAGCGGGGUUCAGCAUCCGGAGGUCAUGUAUGAGAGUGGGAGACGAAAGACCACAUUGUCUGGUCCGGAUUUUUCUGGUUUCGCAGGCCUGAUUUCUCUCAUCUUUGCCGGCACGCACAUGUUUUUUUUUCUUCCUUCCAUACAGAGCAUCUGGAGUGUUGUUGUUUUGGGAAGCGUGGCAUGACACGAUAAACAGGGGCUCUGGAGCGGUCAGGUUAUUUGGGUUGUCGAGAACACACACACACACACACACACACACAC